AUGCCAGAUAUACCUGCGAGUUCAUCAUUAGUAUCAACGUCCGCAUCAUCAGUAGCAGCAAUUCCAAUUGUUCAAAAAACUCAUUCAUUGACAACAAGUACAUUUACAAAAAUCAAUUUACUAGGUGGCCCAUUUAAUGUCAAACUUUGCCAUAAUACGAAUCCAACUGAUAGUUAUAAAUCAGUUGAUAUUGUAGCUGAAGAAUCAUUACAUCAAUUAAUCUCGAUUAAUAUUGAACAAAAUGCUGCACUAACAAUUCGUGUGACAGAAAAUAUUAAUACAAGUAAUAAAACAAAUAUAACAAUAUUUAUUGUUUUUAAACAAUUAAAUGAACUUUAUAUUGAUGGUAUGAUUAAUGUUCAAUGUGACAAUCGAAUAGAAACAAAUAGAUUACUUGUAAAUCAUCGUGGUACCGGCUCAAUGAAAUUAAAAUUAAAUGUGAAUGCUCUUGAAGCUGAUCUUUAUUCAAUUGGUCAUGUGAAAUUAUGUGGACAAGUUUAUGGUGAAGCUAUAAUAAAAUCUUUAGGAGUUGGUGAUGUUGACGGUAGAAAUUUAUUAACGAAAACAAUUCAAGUUAUAUCAAGUGGUAUUGGAAAUCUUUAUGUGAUGGCUAUUGAUGAAAUUAAUAUCACAUUAAGUGGAAUCGGUACUGUUUACUAUGCAGGUCCAAUAAAACGACAAGUUAAAACAGGUUUAGGAAAUAUUAUUGCAGUGCCUCCUGUAUCAUUCUAUGACGAUGAAUGA